AUGGCUGUAUCAGGGAGAAAAGCUGAAAAGGAAUAUUUUUCUUCAGUAUUAUCCAGAGGUUCAGAGGAAGACUAUGAAACGUUCUGUCAACCAUGUGACCGAGACGACAUCAGACUUCCAGCCUUUGGGUUCUGUACAAACUGUGCAGAACACCUUUGUCAAUCCUGUUUUAUCCACCACAAAAGGGCAAAACCCUCCAGCCAUCAUGUCCUAUUGGAUAUUCACACCAUGCCAAAGACCCAGCAAGUUUCAUCAACAUCUACUGGUGCUGCCCAAUCUGAAUAUUUUACAACACCGUGCCAUAAACAUACGAAAGAAAUGCUAAAGUUCUUCUGUCAUGAUCAUAAAGCACUUCUAUGCAGUGUAUGCGUCGCCCUUGACCACCCUCGUAUAGCUUGCCAAGUCAACUAUAUACCAGAUGUAUCCAAGCAGAGCCUAAACAGCAAGGAGUACACAGAUACUCUAAAAGAUCUGGACAUGAUUACAAAAGAAUAUCACAAAAUAACAGCAGUCCUAAAGGAAAACAUUGCACGUUCUAAUAAUUCCUUGGUAGGUGUUCUAGCAGACAUAAAGAAAUUCAGAAAAAAGAUAAACCAAAGAAUGGAAGAGCUUGAAAACGAGGUGGAAGAAAGAGUGAAGUUUCUUCAACAAGAAUAUGAUAAAAGAUUAAAGGCAACUGAAACAGAAUGUAAUGAUGCCAGGAAACUUAUGAAAGCCUCAUCUGAUGUCAUCAAACAACUCAACACUUCUAACGAAGCAGACAGACUAUUCAUGGAACUUAAAUCUGCUGAGCAACUCAUCAAGGAUAACAAGAAAAGGCUCUCAGAGCUAGCAUCACCUGAAGAUGUGAGAGUAUACAACUUUCAACCAAAUCCAGAAUUAGCCUCCACUUUUCAGAAAGUGGCACCUCUAGGUACAUUAACUUUCAAAUCUUCAAAGUCAAUUCCCAAUUCAGUUCUUGAUGUAAGAUCGACACGGUUUUCUCAUACUAUAAGUGCAAAGAAACCAGAAGAAACGUGGACUUGCUUUAUAUCUGGAAUGAUUCUCCUUACGCCUUCCAAGGUCAUUUUCACUGACUCAUAUAAUCAGUCAGUCAAAAUGUUUGAUCUGAACCAAAAUGGCAGAACUGACCAAUUAAAACUACCAGCUCAGCCCUGGGAUAUAACUUCAAUGACCAGUGACAAUGUAGCUGUCACUCUUCCCGGCAAGCAAACAAUCCAGUUUGUAUCUUCCUCUUCGAACAAGCUGUCUUUGAAACGUAAAGUGAAGGUAGAUGCAGAGUGCUUCGGUAUAAGUUGUUACCAGGAAAAGUUUGCAGUGACAUUUCUCUCUCCAAAAAAACUCCAAAUAAUUGAUUUGAAAGGUAAGGUAUUGACAACAGUCUCGGCACAUUCAAGCGGGAAAGAUAUCUUCAUAGAGCCAAAUUAUGUCACAUCCAACAGCCAUUCUAUCUAUGUAUCUGAUCAAGGAAUGUAUUCGGUGAUAAGGUUAAACUGGCAAGGUGAACUGAUAGGUAGAUAUAGUGACACCAGGGCGCCACAAGGUCUCACUAUGUUAGAGGAUGGUUCCCUUUUAGUUUGUGAAUACUGGGAUGGUAACAUACGACAUAUCACUGGUGACUUGACCAAAGGUAAUGUCGUACUGAGGGAUCUGAAGAGGCCGGAGACUCUCUGUUGGUGUGGUGCAAACAAUAAACUGUACAUCAGUUGUGACACCAAGGACGAAAAGUAUGACGAUUAUAUUCAUGUCUUCAACGUGAUAUAA